UAGUGAGUUACAUGGAACUAGAGAGGUUGACAAUUUCAAAAUAAAUGUCAAUUUCCUUAAUCGACCCGUUACAAAAUACUGCUUCAUACGUGCAGACAUAAAGAAUACAACGUUAAUCACCCGUAGGAGCCGACAAAUCUUCCAAUAUGACUUAGCAGAUUAGUAGGGAUGCCAGGGAAGUUAUGCUGGUGCCUGGGUGGUACGGGCCCCCCUGAAAUCCAACAUGGGGGUGGGGAAACAGGCAUGCAGCUGCGAGAUUUCUACGAAGAUCCCCCAAUGCCCGCAGAUGAGGCGCAAAUAAACGCUCAGUUUGCUGAACUUGUGGAUGAGCUAGAUCUGGACAAGUCCCAUAGAGAUGCCAUGUUCAGUCUGCCUGCCGAGAAAAAGUGGACCAUCUAUUGUAGCAAGAAAAGGGAACAAGAUGACCCCCAUUCUACAAACUAUCCAGAUUAUUAUAUAGAACGGGUCAACACAAUGUCUUCAGUAUUUUUCUUGUAUGAUGAGGAAGAAAUGCUUGCAAGAAGGAAACUGAUGGACAGUUUGAAAACAGCUCUGCGGACAAAACCCAUGAGUUUUGUGAUGAGGUUCAUCCAGUUGGAAGGCUUGCAAGCUAUAUUGACAUUUCUGAAGGACAUGGACUACCAAACUGCUCAGUCCCUGAUUCACACUUCUGCUAUUGGCUGCAUAAAGGCACUUAUGAACAACUCGCAAGGAAGGUCACAUGUCUUAGCUCAUCCUUCAGCCAUAAACAUUAUCUCUCAAAGUUUGAGUUCAGAAAAUAUCAAAACAAAAGUGGCAGUUGUUGAAAUCCUGGGUGCAAUGUGCCUUGUCCCAGGAGGUCACAAGAAGGUGCUGGGAGCUAUGGGACAUUAUCAACAGUUCGCUUGCGAGCGUGUCAGGUUUCAGACUUUGGUGAAUGACUUAGAUAGGAGUACAGGGGUUUAUAAGGAUGAGGUGACUUUAAAGACAACAAUUAUGAGUUUCAUCAAUGCAGCUUUAAAAUAUGGUCCAGGACAGACAAGUCUAGAGUUCAGAAUGCACCUCCGCUAUGAGUUCCUUAUGUUAGGGCUUCAGCCUGUUAUUGACAAACUCAGGAGCCACGAUAAUAUUACACUAGAUAGACAUUUAGACUUUUUCGAAUAUGUUCGUUCUGAAGAUGAAAAAGAGCUGGCAUCUCGGUUUGAUGUGAUGCACAUUGACUCAAAGAGUGCAAGUUCCAUGUUUGAGCUACUUAGGAAAAAGCUGGCUUUUUCCACAGCAUACCCAAACUUUCUGUCCACCUUGUUCCAUAUGCUACAGUUACCCUAUGGGUCAGUUGCUGUGCAACAGUGGCAGCUAAUAGAUCGCAUCAUACAACAGAUAGCAAUACAACAGCCAGAUGGGAACAAUCCUGAUAGUGUAGAGCCUCUACAGCUAAAUGUCAACAAAAUAGUCAAACAACUAGCCAGUGAGAAUGAGAUUAAGGCAUUCCAAGCUAAACUUCGAGAAGUCCAGAAAGAGAAUGAUGAACUUGCAUCACGACUCGAGAAACGUGAACGAGAGUGUGAAAUCAAAACUCAGGAAAAAGAAGAACUAUUAGCCACCAUGAAUAACAUGAAAAGGCGUCUUGAGAAAGAGAACAGUGCCCAUGCAGAAGCCAAACAACAUAUAAUUGAACUAACAGCAAUGCUAAAUGAGAUGAAAGCUAUGUUGGAAUUGGAGCGGAGAGAGCGGGAGAAACUUACACAUGCAGUUAACACUGGGAGUCUACCAGAUGACGCCAAAGUUGGAUUUUCAAACCUCACUCUGUCAUCCAACCCUGUUCCCCCAAUAUCAUUUACAGUCCCUCCACCCCCUCCCCCAGGUCUAUCUAAUGUCCCACCACCUCCCCCACCUCCUAUGGGUGGUCCUCCUGCCCCGCCCCUUCCCCCUGGGGCCCCACCCCCUCCAGGGGCUCCUCCCCUUAUGGGAAUGGCCCCCGCUAUUUCUAAUACCCCUGUUAAAACCAAAGAUAUACCAAAACCAUCCAAUCCACUCAAGUCAUUCAACUGGAGUAAACUGCCUGAGACCAGAGUCCAGGGCACUGUAUGGCGAGAUAUUGAUGAUACAAAGCUUUACAAGACCCUUGACUUGGAGGAAUUUGAUGCCACAUUUUCUGCAUAUCAGCGUCAUAGUAGCGAGGAUGACAUUAGUAAAGCUGAACGAAGUGCAGCCAAACAGAAAGAGCUUUCAGUCAUUGAUGGGAGGAGAGCACAAAAUUGUACCAUAUUGUUGUCAAGGUUAAAAAUGAAAAACCAUGAACUUGCAUCGGCCAUUUUGAAUAUGGAUGCCCAGGAAGAGUUGCCAAAAGAUAUGUGUGAGCAGUUGCUGAAGUUCAUUCCAACACCAGAGGAGAAGCAGAUGCUUGCAGAACAUGAACAUGAGAUUGAGCAAAUGGCAAGAGCUGACAGAUUCCUGUUUGAAAUGAGCAGGAUAGGUCACUAUGAACAGAGACUAAAGGCCUUGCAUUAUAAGAAGAAGUUCAGUGAGAGAAUGAGUGAAUGCAAACCAAAAAUAGAAACUGUGCUCGAAGCUUCUAAACAAGUUGUGAAGAGUCGUAGGUUAAAGAAACUCCUAGAACUCGUUCUAGCAUUUGGGAACUACAUGAAUCGCGGAAACAGGGGCAAUGCCAGUGGCUUCAAGCUAGCUAGUCUUAAUAAAAUUGUUGAUACCAAAUCCAGUAUUCAGAAAAAUGUGACAUUGUUGCAUUAUCUUAUUGAAACUUUACAAAAGAAGUUCCCAGAUCUGUUGCAUUUAGAGGAGGACAUUCCUGACACCAUUACAGCUGCAAAAGUUAAUACAGGAGAGUUGGAGGCUGAGGUUAAUGUCAUAAGGGCAGGACUCAAAGAUAUUGAGCAGGAACUUGAAUAUCAGAGAAACUGUGAUGAUGGUGAUAAGUUUGUCUCCGUGAUGAGUGACUUUAUUACUAUAGCUCAAUACAACUUUUCUGAAGUCGAGGACUUGGUGUCUGAUAUGAAAUCAAAGUAUGAACAAGCCGUCAACAACUUUGGGGAAGAUGUGAAGCGCAUACAACCAGAUGAAUUCUUUGGUAUUUUUAAUCUGUUCCUAAAAUCAUUCAAAGAUGCUAUUCGAGAAAAUGAAAGAAUGAAAAAACAGAGGGAAGAAGAAAAAAGAGCCAAGCUAGAAGCAAAGGCACGAGAAGAGAAAAUCCGUAAUAAAAAAUUAGGAAGUGCCACCAAGAGAAAACAAAAUGGUGGCCAUGAGGACUCAGGUGAAUUUGAUGAACUCAUAUCAGCUUUAAGAACUGGUGAUGUUUUUGGUGAAGAUAUCGCAAAAUUGAAACAUAAUAGGCGGAGAAUACCAAAAAAAUCUGAUAAAACGGGCCAGGUGAUUAGAGAAAGGAUUGGAACUCCAACAAAAGCCUCUUGAUAAUGGUUUGUUCAUGAUGUAAGGAGUUCACAGUUUAUUAUUGACAUAAGCAGAAGAAUCAAAGGAAGUUCAAACCGAUAUUAUGUGUGAGAAGCAUACAUUUAUGAUAUGAGCUACAAUGCUUGAGGAACUUUGUAGAAGAUCGUAACAUGUCUGAGGCAAUAGUUGGUAUUUGAAAAUGUUCCAUGGCUGCAAGGAAGCUAAGUGCAUAAGUUGGACUAGUCUUAAGCCCGGUCUUAAGUGGAAAGCCGAGAAACAUCAAUUUUAAUACGAAACAGAUCUGAGUAUUCCAAUGAGAUUAUUAAAGAUCUGAUUUCUGAAGUGCAAAUAUUUUACAAAGGAGCAAAGUGAAAUACACACUAGUUAACCUGUUAAAGGCUCUUGUUAAACAUACAGGGUUGACCCCUGGGUCACAAAUACACAUUUUAUAAAAUUAAAAUGCUUUAAGUUUUUCAAAAUGAAUAUCUUUAUGAGAAAGUGCAUCAUGCUACAGUUUGAAGUAGCACUUCAUAGAGUUCAAAUCAGAGAUGAGGUUUCUCAUAGGGAGCAUGUGUUGAGUCUUUCAUUAGUCAUUACCUUUAAUGCAAUUACAUGUACAAGAAUUGUAGUACAGUAAAACCUGUCUAAUCUGAAC